GGCCCUGAGGGAGGGGCCGUGCAGCGGGGGACGGCGCCAUGCGCUGUUUGCCGGCCGACGCGGCCCAGCAGGCCAGAGCGGGGCUGGCUUGGACCCGACCUCGCGGUGCGGGCCGCGGUCGGGGCUCGCAGAGCGGUAACGGCCCCGCGGGGCCCGGCGGGAUCCCGGCGGCGGCGCCUCAGGGCCCGGGCCCGGCCUCUCAGGGCCCUCGCGGGCAGCGGCGCCGCGCGCAGGCGCGGGCGGACGGCGCGGGGCCGGGAGCGGCUCCCCCCCCCCUCCCCCUCGGCGGCCCUCCCGGCAUGCCCCGCGCGCGGGCGGCAGGGCGGGCUCUCGCCACACAAAGGCUCGGCGCUGGCAAAAUGGCGGCGGCAGUAGCGGCGGCGGCGGCGGGCGGCGAGGGGGCCGCCAACAAAAUGGAGGAGCCGCCCGUGGGGGCGGCGGCUGCGGCUGCGGCUUCUUCUUCGGCGGCGCAGACGGCAGCGGCCGCCGCCCCGCCACCGCCCAACGGGGCGGGGGGUGCUGGGGACGCGCCCGUGAAGAGUGAAAAUGAACGACCAACUCAAAGUGAGAAAAGGAAAGAGAAGAGCGUCAAGAGAGGAGGAAAUCGCUUUGAGCCGUAUGCUAACCCUGCUAGAAGAUACAGAGCUUUUAUUACAAAUAUUCCAUUUGAUGUCAAGUGGCAGUCUCUGAAAGACCUGGUCAAAGAGAAAGUUGGUGAGGUAACAUACGUGGAGCUCUUAAUGGACGCUGAAGGAAAGUCAAGGGGAUGCGCUGUUGUUGAAUUCAAGAUGGAAGAAAGCAUGAAAAAGGCUGCAGAGGUUUUGAACAAGCAUAGUCUUGGUGGAAGACCAUUGAAAGUGAAAGAAGAUCCUGAUGGCGAACAUGCCAGGAGAGCAAUGCAGAAAGUCAUGGCAGCUAGUGGAAUGGGUAUUGGUCCAGGUCCAGGUGGCCCUGGAAUGCUCAAUAUCCCACCUAGUAUACUCAACAAUCCCAACAUACCCAAUGAGAUCAUCCAUGCCUUACAGGCAGGGAGACUUGGAAGCACUGUCUUUGUUGCAAAUCUGGAUUACAAGGUUGGGUGGAAGAAACUGAAAGAAGUAUUCAGCAUGGCUGGUGUUGUGGUUCGGGCAGACAUCUUAGAAGAUAAAGAUGGCAAGAGUCGUGGGAUCGGAACUGUCACUUUUGAACAAGCUAUAGAGGCUGUUCAGGCUAUAUCGAUGUUUAAUGGGCAGCUGCUGUUUGACAGACCAAUGCAUGUAAAAAUGGAUGAACGAGCCUUUCCAAAAGGAGAUUUCUUUCCUCCAGAGCGACCACAACAACUUCCUCAUGGUCUUGGUGGUAUUGGCAUGGGAUUAGGACCUGGAGGUCAACCUAUUGAUGCAAAUCAUUUAAACAAAGGCAUGGGAAUGGGCAACAUGGGACCUGGAGGAAUGGGAAUGGAAGGCAUGGGCUUUGGAAUGAAUAAAAUGGGAGGAAUGGAAGGUCCGUUUGGCAUGGAAAACAUCGGGCGCUUUCCAGCUGGAAUGAACAUGGGCAGAAUGAGUGAAAUGGAUCGUGCCAUGGGUGGAGGAUUUGAGAGAGAAUUUGGAAGAAAUGAGAUGGGAAUGUCUCGUAGUUUUGGAGACACCUUGGAAAGAGGAAUAGGUGGUGGAAAUGCCAGCAUUCCUGGGAUUGAGAGGAUGGCACCUGGCAUUGAUCGUAUGGGCUCGGGAAUGGAAAGAAUUCCCUCUGGGAUGGGGCAUGGGAUGGAGAGAGUAGGGUCAGAAAUAGACAGGAUGGGUCUUGUUCUGGAUCGCAUGAGUUCCAAUGUGGAACGGAUCGGUUCUGGAAUUGACCGAAUGGCCCCUCUGGGCAUAGAUCACAUGGCUCCUAACAUUGAGAGGAUGGGACCAGCUAUUGAGAGAAUGGGUUCUGGCAUAGAAAGAAUGGGCUCUGGAAUAGGCUUUGGCAUUGAGAGGAUGGGCGCUGCCAUUGAGCGUGUUGGUACCACUAUAGAAAGAAUGGGAUCAGGUGUAGAACGAAUGGGUUCUGGCAUGGAUAGGAUGGGUAUAGGUAUGGAGCGCAUGGUCCCUGCUGGAAUGGGAGCUGGGAUGGGUCAGGUGAUAGAGAGGAUGCCAGGUGGCCUGGAUCGCAUAGGUGCCAAUCCUAUGGAAAGAAUAGGAAUAGAUCGUAUGGGUGCUGCUAGCAUGGAGAGAAUGAGCUUGGAGCGCAUUGGAGCCACUAAUAUGGAAAGGAUGGGUCCUGCUAUGGGACAGGGCAUGGGAGCAGGCAUAGAUCGCAUGGGACUUGCAAUGGGAAGCAAUUUUGAAAGACCAAUGGAUAUGGAACGUGGAAACUUUGCAGGCAAUUUUGCAGGCUCCCUUGGAGGAACUGGAGGACCUGCACCUGGGGUGGCCCGAAAAGCCUGUCAGAUAUUUGUGAGAAAUCUGCCUUUUGAUUUUACAUGGAAAAUGCUGAAAGAUAAAUUUAAUGAAUGUGGUCAUGUGCUGUAUGCUGAUAUCAAGAUGGAAAAUGGGAAGUCUAAGGGCUGUGGUGUUGUUAGAUUUGAGUCCCCAGAAGUAGCUGAGAGAGCCUGCCGUAUGAUGAAUGGGAUACAGCUUCGUGGGAGGGAGAUUGAUGUGCGAAUUGAUAGAAAUGCUUAAGUAGAUGCUUUUUUAACAUUGAUACCAGAUUUUUGAAUUUGUAUUUUUUCUUGUUAACCAUUUUAAUUUGACUGGAUGUAAAGGUGUUAAAACAGUUCAAUUGCUUUCUGGAGUAAUUUUAAUUACUUUUUUAACAAAUGGAUUUCCAUUUUACUGUUUUUGCAUUGGAACUGCAAUGUGCACAAUCUUUUUUUUUGUAGUUGUGGCAUCUUGUUGACAUUACAGAUGUAAACAGUAUGACUUUGAUAAUAAAUGCAAGUUAAAGAUUUCAGUCAUUGCAUCUAUUACUGGCAGCACAUCCCUAUGCUUGCAAAAAUAUCUGUAAACCAAGUAAACUACAAUUUUUAUUCUCUU